GCCAAAAACAGAGGAACCUGUUCUAUGAUUUUUUCACACACACACACACACACACGCACGUACACACACGCACACAAACGCGCACGCACACGCACAAACACACGUACUUCACAAGUACACAACAAGUACACGAAGACCCACCGUCAUGGCUGUUGUUGUGCUUCUCCUUGGACUCGAGAUUGCGGAUGGUUACGCUUAACCUUUCACCCCUCACCCGUGGCGCGGCCGCCUGUCCGUCAAGCUGAGGGGGCGAGUCUGCUAUCACCAUGGCAACCACGCCCGCCUUGCUGGGGAAAGGUGUGGGUCUGGUAUUGGUGGAGUUCCAGUACGAGUACAAGGGUCGCGAUGGCUCCAUCAUCUCCAUCAAGCCCAACGAGCGCUACGUCCUGCUGGCCAAGACCAACGCCCACUGGUGGCAGGUGCGGCGCGACCACACCUCCAAACCCUUCUACAUCCCGGCGAAGUAUGUCAAGGAGCUCCCACCCGACGCGCCAUCACCUCUGGACUUUGCCCACCCGCCACCUCCUGAGGCAACCCCGGUCCCCACUCCGGUAGUGACCCCGGUCCCCGUGUCGGUACCCGUUCCCAAGGUUCUGGAGGAGCCCGGCGGGACCAGAAGCAAACUCGGCGACGAAGUGCCCAUCCGGCUCAAACCGGACAUGUCCGGUGGCUACCGUAAGACAGAGAAUCGCAUGUCCACAUUUGGCGUCCCGCUGGACUUCCUGGACCUGCCGCCGCCCCUCGCCACAGUGCCGCGCCACUCUGGCGCCCCCUUGGGUCCUGACUGUGCCGACAAAACCGACGGCGUAACGGUGAAAACACUGCCCGAGGAGCAUAGAAACAUUGGUUUCAUCCCGGCUGACCCACCUGCCGCCCGACCCCACACACUGCCCAUCCCCGUAGACACGCCUACCAUACCCGACGUGCAGGCCCUCAAAGAGUCCGAGGGUGGACCCUCGCAGGAAGACAGAGAGGAGGCGGUGGCCGGGAGGCAAGAAAUGGAACAGGAAGAGGAAGAGGAAACCAUCGAGGCCACGGAGGACAGUGAACAGGACAGCGACGACCCAGAGGAGAUUGAGGAGCACAAAGAGGAAAAAGAGUCCAACCACAUCUAUGAGUCCAUCCAGGAUCUGCACCUGGACGCUCUGAUUGGAGAGUUGAACCCGGCUCCGCCUCCCAAUCAGCAGACCUGUGAUCCCGCCUCCGAGCCAUCGCAGCUACCUGACCCCGCCCCUUCCACCACAGGGCCCACCCUCUCCUCUUCAAGCACCUCCUCUGAAAUAAUAAGCCUCUCCCCACUCAGCCCCACUCAACAAGGAUGGCAGAUGCACACGGACAAGGAGAGUGGGAGGGUGUUUUACUUCCACCCACUGACUCGACAGAGCACCUGGUCGCACCCACGCUCGCCCUCGCCGCAACCGUCGUCCCCCCCGGUCUCGUCACUCGUCCCAUCCGCGUCGUCACCGACACCCUCGCCACAGUCUGGCUGCGAGAUUUGGGAACAGCUGAUGGAUCAAAACUCCGGGAGGCUCUACUACUACAACCCAGUGUCUGGUGCCACCUCCUGGAACGCGCCAAUGCCGGCGCCCCACGCUGCCCCCACGAUGACCGAUGAACCCACCAAGCCCGUCGACGGCCCGCCUCCACUGCCAGAAGAAGAUUAUCCCGUUGACGCGCAGCCCGACAAUGACACCGUCUUCAUGAUGCAUGCCCGGCAGCACAUCAUUCCCAGAGCGCACCUGGAGCGCCAGGAUGGUCUCCGGAUGGCAAACGGCAAGCCCGAUCAGCGCGUGGCAUGGCGACACAGCGUGGCCGAGGACACGUUUGCUUCGCGACACUGGAGGAACCUCGCCGACAUCAGCAGAGACUCGCCGGACACCACGCAGCUCUGUGAUAGGUUGAGCUUGAGGAGGAAUCUGUCCGAUCGGAGCUCAGACUCCCAGCAGGGACACCUGCUGGAGAAGGCUGGUAUCGUCAACAAGACCAAAGUAGUCGAUAACGGCAAGAAGAUCCGGAAGAACUGGAGUCAAUCUUGGACUGUCCUGCAUGGCGGCAUCCUAACUUUCCACCGGGACCCCAAGUCUGCGCCCAGCAGUAACAUGGGCUCCCAGAUUGUUCCGGAAUACACGGUGGAACUGAGAGGAGCUUCGGUGUGCUGGGCACCCAAGGAAAAGUCGUCUAAGAAGAAUGUCCUGGAGCUGAGGACUCGUCAAGGUUGCGAGUAUCUGAUGCAGUACGACACAGAGAGUAUCAUUGCUGAUUGGCUGAAAGUUGUACAGGACACCAUCAGACAGCUAGAUCACGAGCACACGUCGGACGAUGAUGACGAUGGGGCCUCGGACAAAGAGAACAAAGACAGGAAGCGGGCAAGCAACAGAAGUUUGUCGGGCGCCGACGCGGAGCAGACGCGAGUUCGCACAAAACUGCGACGCUUCCUCCAGAGGAGGCCCACGUUGCAGAGCGUCAAGGAGAAGGGGUACAUACGAGACAACGUGUUCGGCUGCCAUCUGGACACCCUCUGUCACAGGGAAAACACAACCAUUCCAAAAUUUGUGGAGAAGUGCAUCAAAGCUGUGGAGAGGAGAGGUCUUGAUGUGGACGGCAUCUACCGUGUAAGCGGCAACUUGGCCGUCAUCCAGAAGCUGCGACACAAAGCCGAUCACGAGGAGCAUCUGGAUGUGGACGACGGUCAGUGGGAGGACAUCCACGUGCUGACGGGAGCCCUCAAGCUGUUCCUGCGCGAGCUUCCCGAGCCGCUCUUCCCCUUCAGCUUCUUCGACAAGUUCAUCGCCGCCAUCCAAAUCCCCGACUAUAGCCUGCGCGUGUCCUACAUGAAGGACCUGGUGCGCUCGCUGCCGCUUCCCAAUCACGACACGAUGGAGCUGCUCUUCAGGCACCUGCUCAGAGUGGUGGAGCACAAAGACGCCAACCGAAUGUCAGUCCAGAGCAUGGCCAUCGUCUUCGGGCCCACGCUGUUGCGCCCGCAGACCGAGUCGGCCAACAUGACCAUCCACAUGGUCUUCCAGAGCCAGAUUGUGGAGCUCAUGCUCAACGAGUUCCACACCGUCUUUGUGCAGAGGUAGCACCACUGCGCACGUGCAACCUUCCGCAACUUGGAUCUGAGACGUGCAUUCCAAAAGAGACGCGGGUCCUUCCACAAGAUAGAGCAACAUCAAUGCCAGCAGGGUGCUUUGGACACAAGCUUAUUUGCUGCCACACGAGUAAAAAAAAGUUUUUGAAAGACUUUAGCGUCCCAUUAUAACGUUAUAAUAACAUGAUAAAUUUCACCUUCACCAAAGUUUGACUUCUCCAGGAAACAUAGUAAUGCCCUUUACUUCAUAUAACUGACAGAAUCCUAUGAAUCUGUUAAAAAAUUGUCAUCUUUUGAAAAACAUUGCCUUAUUAUUAUUAUUGUCAUUAUUUUUUAACAGUGUUUUAUAAGAGCAUUGAUCAGUUAUGUUGCUGGUAGCUUUGAGUUGUAAGACACAAAAGUGACCCGAGCCAUGAACUGCUUCGGUUUUUGAGGAUGAAUGUGGAUGUUAAUCUUGCCACAUUUUAGCAUGAAAUUUACCUCACUAAAAUUGAUCCCGUUGAAACGUAAAAUUGAUUUUUUUUUCUUGGUGUGGGAGCAAUACGCUUGCGUCGCUUUGUGCUGCAGCUAGGAAGAGCACAACUUGGAGGAGUCGCCGCUUCCUUCCACACCUUCCUCUGACAUGCCCAGAAAGAGGAAAUGGAAGGAAGAUAUGAAAGACAAAUCAUGACAUCAUUGUUUAUGUGAGAUGUUCACAUGAUGUCAGACAAUAAGAUCAAUAGCAAUAAUCUGAUGAACAGAUUUGAUUUUGUUUGAUGAUAUUCAGAUCAUGUCCAGUGCGAGACUCUCAAGAUCCAGUUGAAAAGUUAACAUUUGACUAAAAGAAGAAAAAAGCUCAAAUAUUCAUACUUAAACGCAAGUUCCAAUUAUCAAACAGAAAAUGUAGGUUGAUCAUGUUUCAAAUUAUUUCAGUUGCUGGAGCAGUACCUUUUUUUUUUUGGACACCAUGAAAUAUGUUGUGCAUGUUUGCGGACUGUAACACGAUAAAGAAAAUAUCUGUCUAUUUUUAUUGUUUUCAAAGAUACACAGAAAUAUAUUCGAGGAUCGUAAAUUAAAGGAUUCAUGGCAUUCUUCGAAA